AUGACUCGCGCAGCUCCGAGUAAUGACAGGGGCUUUUUGUCAGAGGGCAGGGCUGGCUCUGAAAAGGGCAAGGUCCUGCAGGCAUACAGCCCUCUCUCCCACUUGAUCAAGGCAGCAGGUGAAUAUGAUGAGAGCUGGCAUGGGCAGCAGCACCUGCCAGAGGACCUUGCCCAGGCAAAGCAAAUCCUGGCGAGGGUGAGGGGCCUCAUGUGUGAUGGUGCCAUCAGAUUGAAGUGCAUCCCAGUCGACUCCUACUUGGAUUUCAUCCAGAAGGAGCUGGCCUCUGCAAUUAACAAGCAAGUGUUUGCUGGCAUGAGGAACACUGGCCCUGACCCCAACAACCAAGGCCAGAUGCAGAGGUUCGCCAGCAAGGUGCAGAGCCGGAGCUUUCUGAUGGCCAACAUUGGCCUGGUCUCUGGCCACUUUGCAAGGCUUAUCAAAAAUGGUGUGUCUUGCCAGGACCACCCACUCAGGUAUGUGCCAGCACCUAUGGCAGCAGCCCCCAUGCCAGCAGCAGGGAUGCCCCAAGGUGCAACUGCUGCAGAGGAAGGUGCAGAAGAGGAGGAUUUGGAAGAGGAUCCUGAGCCCAGGACUGCACCUUCCAGGCAUGAGGUGGACCAGAAGGCCCCUGCCACCCAUCAGGAAAAGGUUCUGAUGGAGCAAAUCUCCUUCCAGAUCAAGAGGACAAGGGACCUCACGGAGUGGAUUGUCUUCAAGUAUCUUCCUGGCUGGGGUCCUGAGCAGAACAAGCUGAAGAUCAGUGGCUACUACCCCUCCAAGCAUGUAGCCUGCAGGGCUAUCUUGGAGUGGGCUGGGGACGACUGGAAAAGGAGAGUUGCUGCCAAGGCAACCUCACUUGCCCUUGUUCCAGCCCAGAGCCAGCAGCUGGAAGCAACAGCUAAAGAGGCAAGAAUUUCUGCCAGCAUCCGAAAAAUGAGGAGUGAUUACCUGGAGCACCUGGCCAAAUUCCUGCCCCAAGAUGAAGUGGCCAAUGAUCCAACAGGGGAGCUCCUGGGCCAGCUAGUAGAAGAUGAUCACCUCUCCUUGGCUUUGAGUAGAUGUGCCACUGAAUCCUCAGAUGUUUGGCAAGAGACUCUCCAGAUGGUCUUGAAGGUGGAGACUGACAGGUUCGUGGCACCGUGGUGGGGGAAGACGGGCUACGAGGCCGACUUCUCCUACGAGCCCUCCCUCCGAGGCACCCGCGCGGCUCCGCAUGCAUCCGAGAUCAACUCGGUGGCAGAAGUGCAGGAGCUCCCCCCGCCCGGGGGAGAGUUGAGCGCAGUGCAGCUGGAGCAGGUCCGGCUGGAGCUGGCGCAGGCACCUGUUUCGACCUGCACGGCCACUGCAGACCAGAUGGAAGCCGAGGCUAUUGCCACCGAAGAGCCGGGCUCUCAGGCUAGGUAUGGGAGCGCAGCCGCGCCAAAGCCCAUGGCACAGGCCCCGCCACCAGCGCAGGCUGCCCCCGCCCCCGCGCCCGCCACCGGCGGGGGCAUGAUGUCCGGCCUCAUGGGCUCCAUGAUGUCUGGCAUGGCAACAGGGACGGGCAUGGCUGUGGCCAACCGUGCCGUGGAUGCCGUGAUGGGCCCGCGCCAGACGGAGGUUGUCCACCGUCAUGAAGGUGCUCCCCCCGCCGCCGCUGCCGCCAACGCUGCACCUGCAUGCCAGUUCCAACAGGAUCAGCUGGAGCAGUGCAUGAAGUCCUCUAGCAACGCAGCGUCGUGCCAGUCCUACAUGGAUGCAUUGAGGGCAUGCCAGCAGGGGCAAUAA